GAGAACAAAUCAGCAACUUAAGCUAUACCAAGAGAAGAAUCAUCAGUGAAAGCCAUCGUUGCAGUUUGCAAGUUGCUUCUACAGAUUACCAUGAACACAGACGAUCUGGAGGACACUCAUUUGUGCAUCAAGUGCAAUGCCACAAUAGUCGGACUCGCAAAGUACAUUGAGCACCGGAAGCGGAACUGUCUUCUGACGGAGAAGCAAGUUGCGGCGCCAGCAACAGAUGGACCGGCUACAACCUCCACUCCCUCUCAGGUUUCCCCGCCGAUCAUCAGUAGCAGCAACUUGGACCACACCUACGAUAGCUUUCACUUUGCUGAACCGGAGGCUCCAAGUAGCUACCUCCGCAAAACGGCUGCCAGUCAUGGUGGAAAGACCUCCAAGUCCCUGACGGAAGCCUACGACCUACCAUAUGAACUGGGAGCUGAUCUGUUCUUCUCUUCGCUGCAACUGCAAAGCGUAUCCACUGGUGGAAAGACGGGAUCAGUGGCACGACAGGAGAGAAGCAAAGAUGAGUCCUGGACAGCGCCCGGUGGCGACCCUUUGCUGAAGGCAGUAAGGGAUCACGAGGAGGCGGUGUUUAAACCUCUCAACUUUGAUCAUGAUUCUCCAGAAGCAAGUGAAGAGGAGGAGGAGGACGAAGAGCACGAUGAAUUUGAUGGAGAAGAUGAUGAGGAGGAUUACGAUGUAAGGCGUCAUUCACCACCCACUGUGCCAGCCACCCACACAGGUGGUAAGUGGAAACCGGAGCACCGUCCCCACCUACGACACCAGCAUAUAGAACGCCUCUCGCCAAGUUGGGAUGAGCCUCCGGAAGAGACGUACACCCAUCCUCCAGAGGAUCAUACAAAGGGGAAGUGGGUUCCAGGUAGCAAGCAGUUGGAGUAUCGCGAGAACAUAGAUCUGACCAGGCUGGAGCAACCUGGAGCCAGUUAUUGGUGCAACAUCUGCUGCCGGCGACUGAAGAGUCGCAUGAACUACGAGCAACAUUUGCGGAGUGGCUAUCAUGUGAAAAGGGCCGAUGCGGAAUGCCAGCUGGAGCAGGCUACUCUGGGAAAGCAGCUCACCCUGAGCAAGGACUUCGCGGUGGAAACAAAUCCGGACGAGACAGUAACGAAGCCCCCGAAACGUCCAAGGAGAGCCAAUCUUCUGCGAUGCGAUCUCUGCCGGCACACGAUGGCCAGGCACUUGAUGGGCAAGCACUUGAUCUCCCACUACCAUUACAGGAGGCUGCAGCAGCAGAGUCGCCUGAAGAGGAAAACUUGCCUGCAGGAAAUCCUCAGCCACAUGGCCAGCAUAGUGAGGCAGUCUCCUUUUCAGUGCCUGCCCUGCAGAUUCUACGCCAACACUGAGAAGGCCUUUCUCCAUCACUGGCAGUCCCAGGAGCACUUGCAACUUACAAGAAGGCUGGGUGGGUCUUUUUGGUGCAGUUAUUGCCAGUUCGAGUGCACCACCAACGACUCCAUGUGGCUUCACUUGCUGCAUCCCUCUCAUAAAGAAGUUAUCUUGGCCCUGAACAGAUCGGUUCCCAUAUGUAUAGCCCAAAGAAGGCGUCUCCAGUGCGCCACUUGCGGAAAGGGCUUUCUCUACAACUUCCAACUACGCCGUCACUUCGCCUCGGAGCAUCCUGACCAUCCGCCUUCGGGAACUGCAGCCGACGAGUACCAGAGUAGGUUUCGAUGUGGCCUGUGUGGUGCUCCACAGAAAUCCCGCUUGGCUCUCCAGCGUCAUGAAAAGCACAAGCACCACUUUGCCAGGUAUUACUGUGCCAUCUGUCGAUUGGAGUUCAAUACCCCUUUGGAGGCGCGCCGCCACCGCAGCUUGAUGCAACAUAGACUUAAGGCUAGACCGAAAAAGUCCACCUCAGAGCCGGAAAAAGAAAUAGAGCAUAUGCUAAGGGAAGUCCUACAGGAGCCAGCUUCUAACCCACCCGCCAAGAGGAGCAAAAAUCUCAACUCCAAAUGCACGAAUUGUCAGAAAACCUUUGACUCCCCUCAGAGCUUAGCCCAACACCGAUCUGAAGUGCACUCAGCAGAUAAUCACCUAUGCCUGAGCUGCGGAACAAGCUUUCAGUCUGCCCAGGCACUCGGAAGGCACACGCGGAGCUGUCAGCCCCUGGCCAGCACCUCAUCUUGCGCCAAUCCAUCUGCAGCACAAAAGAAACCCAUCUACUCCUGUGAUCAAUGUAGCUUUAAGUCUCAAUAUGAGUCCGAUCUGGUCUAUCACCGCAUAUUCCACACACGAUCCGGGACGAUUGGGAAGAACGAGCUUCUCCAGUGCCCCUUGUGCCCUAAGAGCUUCAAGAAGCACUCCCUGAGGGCUCAUCUAAGAAAUCACACCGAUGAAAAGAUUUUCGAGUGCACUCAGUGCCACCAAAAGUUUGCCAGAAGGCACAACCUGAAGAACCACAUGGCCACCAUGCACUCCAAAAAAGAGGAUCAGGACAAGGCCACGCUGGCUAAGAAACAAGUUGAGGAUCAGCCCAAGCCCAAGUUUCAGUGUGGAACCUGUGGGAAAAUACUGGCCAAAAAGUAUUCCCUGAAACUACAUGAGCUCAGUCACUCGAAGACAGUGGAGCGACGGUACCGCUGCCAUUUGGAGGACUGCUCGUAUGCAGGUCUGACCCCGGAGAGCCUCAAAACCCACCUGAUCUCCCACGCUCAGGGCAGGCACAAGUGUGAGCAGGACAACUGCAGCUAUGUGGGAAAGAGUGAGCUGCACCUGAAAAGGCACCUAAAGUCGGCCCAUUCUGGGAAGGAGAGUGGUGCGGAGUGGUUCUCGUGCGAUCAGUGCGAGUUCAGGGCUCGCAUCAAGGGCCAUCUCCGCCGGCACUCGCUGCGCCACUCGGGCCAGAAGCCUCACCAGUGCCCUCACUGCGACUUCCAGUGCAGCACCAUUGACAACCUGCGCAAGCACGUCAUCAAGACGGGCAAGCACCCCGGCAAGUUCAUCUAUGAGUGCGCCAAGUGCUCCGAGCAGGCAGCCAGCGAGAUCUUCAAGAGCAAUAGCUUCAAGGAGUACCAGAAGCACCUGGCCACUCACAAAGCAGACUGAAGG